AUGAAAAUAUGUCCAAAUGUAUUUGAAGGGAUUAAUUGCAGAGUAUGUUAUGCUAUGAGUGAUGCUUCAAACGAUCCUUGCUUCCAGCCAAACAAUUCUGCAUCGCAACAAUGCGACUCUGGAAAAACUUUUUGCUACAUCGACUUAAGAAACAAUGCGGCUGGUAAAAAAAUAGUGCGAGGCUGUUCAGAUGCAGCUUUCAAUAAGUUUGCUCCAGUCGAAGAAAAUAGCAUCUACGCCGCUAUAAAGUCCUGCACUUCUGAUGGCUGCAACGCUGGAGCGGUGAGAGAAUAUUUUCAGGAUAUCGAAAUUGCGAGUGGUUUGUCAAGGAAUGAGUUGGACAACAAGCUUCUAAACUAA